GGAAGCACUUUACGUUGUUCACUACUUGGAGCUUGACGUCAACACGCAGCGGCGGCAGGAGGGAGCGGCUUGGUAGAGCGACAUAGACACAGAGUGUGGAACAGAGAAGAGAGAGAGCAGCGGACGGUGGAUGACUCAGACAGACAGUCAGGAUGCGUGAAUACAAACUGGUGGUGUUGGGAUCAGGAGGCGUCGGGAAGUCAGCGCUGACGGUUCAGUUUGUUCAGGGGAUUUUUGUGGAGAAAUACGACCCGACGAUAGAGGAUUCCUACAGGAAGCAAGUGGAGGUGGACGGGCAGCAGUGUAUGUUAGAGAUCCUGGAUACAGCAGGAACAGAGCAGUUCACAGCGAUGCGGGAUCUGUACAUGAAGAACGGUCAGGGCUUUGCACUGGUUUACUCCAUCACCGCUCAGUCCACCUUCAACGACCUGCAGGACCUGAGAGAGCAGAUCUUAAGAGUGAAGGACACGGAGGACGUGCCGAUGAUCCUAGUGGGAAAUAAGUGUGACCUGGAGGUGGAGCGGGUCGUGGCCAAGGACUCGGGCGUCGGUCUUGCCCGGCAGUGGAACUCCUGCGCCUUCCUGGAGACCUCCGCCAAGAGCAAGAUCAACGUCAACGAGAUCUUCUACGACCUGGUACGACAGAUCAACAGGAAGAGUCCAGUUCCAGGGAAAACUCGCAAAAAGUCCACCUGUCAACUUCUCUAAUGACAGUUUUCUGCUCAGCUGACCGACAACCAACCAACCAACCAACCAACCAACCAAUCACAGGACAUCUUCCAGCAGGCCACGCCCGCUUUAACACAGCCACAACAUCAUCACCAUUCGCCAUAGCUGACCUCUGUUCCCAUGACGACCACACAUCCCCCCCCUCCCCCUCAGAACCACACAGUCCGAUUGACUGUUGCCUUGGAAACAUUCAAACCAAACAUCAUGCGGUGGCGGCCAUGAUGAAGAUGAUGAAGAAGAUGACGAUGAUGCAGGAAUAAGGGGCGGUCCAAAAACAACUGCCCGGAUUUAAACUACGUUUCCCAUGAUGCUCUCUGCUGGGGAGUGGCCUCUUGCUUUCUACUUUUUAACUGUUUCUUUUUCCUUUCCUUUUUCCUCCAGCAGUUGAACCUGUGGAGCCAUUCAGUGAUUACUGUUAUUACUAAGGUGGUUAUUCUUCUGUGAAAAAGAUAUAAAAGUCAAUUCCUGUUUUUUAUUUUGGGGGGUGCGGGUGGGAAAGGGGGGGGGGGUGCAGCAGGUCAUGUGGUUAGCUCACCGUGCUCAUAGCAUUAAGCUAACGGGAGUUUUAGCCGACCGUUACAGGAGAGUAAUGCUAAUAUUUGGAUAAAAUGCUAAUUCUUUGGGACGCACAAAACACUUUUUUUUGCGGAUAUUUUCCAACUCAUUUCAGCCCAUUGCCGAUGCCUAUAACGAGUCAAAUCAAGAACUUUGCUAAUGGCUUUAUCUCAGUUCCAGUAGCAAAUUAAAUGCAUUGUUCGGAGGGAAUGCUAGUAAUGCUAACACCCAGUUUGUGAUGUAUUAGCUUUAUUAGCAUUAUCUUCUAUAAGAAAUGACUGUGAACUUACUGGAUAGCUUGAGUUGACCUCGUUAGCGUUGCAGCUAUAUUUCAAAUAUUGUGAGGAAAAACUGUGUAUGCGGUGUUAGCACUACUAAUUAAAUGGUAGCUUGGCUAGUUUGCUCCGAGCUAGCAUGUGAGUGCGGAAAAGCUAAACAUGCUUUUUUGUAAACUUGAGCAUUUUGAUUCUAAAUUUAAGAACAGCUCAGGGUAAUUGGUUUGUUGUAAGGGGAUGCUAACAACAGAACUUAAAUAAUAAUAUCUGAGACCUAACUUGUUAGCGUAGCAGCGCGGUGAGCUGACUCUGGAUCUGCUGCUCAGGGCGGACAUGUUGCCUUCAGACAGCAGACUCACACUGGUCCAGUGUGUGUGUGUGUGUGUGUGUGUGUGUGUGUGAGAUUUUGUUUAAAUGUGAGUGUUUCUGUGUGUAUGUGAGUGUGUUUGAUGCAUAACAACUAUGAACCACGCCAUUUUCUGUGAUUAACUUUUUUGACCCAGUGGGAUGUGGGGGGGUUAUAGAGUAUUAUUAACCAUUAUUAUGACCUGAUCAUUAAUGUUAUUAACACGUCUGAUAGGGGAACACUGAGUGAUCUGUUUAACGUCCUUUAACUGAUGGGCAUUUGACGUUUGAAUACCCAUCCAUGGAGGACCAAACAUUACCGAAAAAAGUCGGUCCUUCAUACUCUUGCAUGCUAGCACUUAAGCAAACCCUGCGUUGUAGCCCAAAGUUAACAUGCUAAUUGAGUGCUGCCGCCAAAUGGAUGCAUUGGUUGCAUUUUCCUUUCAAAGUUUAAUCGAAUUGAGCAAAUUUUCAAGUUUUACAUUUGCUUGGUUUUCAUCGUCUGGGUAGCAGCGAAAAAACUCCGCUACUCAGAGCGUAGUUUGGUUAGGAGUUUGCGCAGUGACUCGGAUAGCCUAUUUCAAUGAUUCUCUUAUGUCAGCUAGUAUCAGCCAUUUUUUUCCACGUUAUUGGACUGCAAAGACUAGCUAAACCUGAACUUUUGCAAAUCCCAUUCAUGGCAUCAACCCCCUGAAAAAGCGUAAAAACGUUUUUGCGUAACUGAGCAAAUUUAAUAAAAUGUUGCUGUUUUAAAACAGCGAUGUUAAAGACUAAGAACAAAGAAACUUAGCUAAUGUUCCCAUCAGUUAAAGACCUUAAAACCUCAGUGUUACUCUUUAACGUUAUCACGGCUUUAGACUUACCGUAGGAGGUUGGGCUUAACGCAGAAGCCCCGCCCCCUCGUGCAUUGUAGGGGGCGUGGCCUGUGAAGCAGCCGCCACUGGAAGCCUUCUGAAUCCUUUGUUUGAAAUGUGAGAGUGGUCAUCUUACAGUGUGUCGGACCUCCGUGAGUACUGCUGCGCACAGUAUCGCGAGUACUCCUCAGUAUUCUGGUUCUCCUGCAGUACUUCAUGUAGCAUGUUGAUGUUUCCGUCAGGCUGAACCUCCAGAAGGGGCUGCCACAGUUUGCAUGCCGAGCAGAGGCUUCUAGAGAGACCUCUGUCUGCAGCCGGGGUGAUCCCAUGAGGAGUUUCUGUUUACCGUGCUAGCAGGACAGUCAGCAGUGUGAGGGCCGAACUUCAGGCAGACGUCUCUCGCUUCCAGAGUGACAGGCUGCGCUAGCGCUCGACAUUUCAUGCGACUUCUUGGGCUGUAAUUGUUUUAGUUUUCAUUUAAUGACAUUUGUCAGAUCCAAAGGUCUCAGUAUGCUUCAAGAGAACAACCUUUCAUGAACCAAAUGUAGGAAGAUGGUUUUUCUGCAUGGGAUGAUUUGGGAUUUAUUACCAAUGCUCAAUGGUAGUCUGCCAACACCUCGGGAGAGCCUGUUCUCUUUAGAGCAGUUAGAGUUCGGCUUUCUCUUGUUGUGUAAGGGUUGUUGCAUGCCAUUUGGAAAAUCACCAAACCUUACUGUGAGCAUACAGAGGCCUUAACGUCUGUGAUUAAUUGAGCCAUAUUUGUACCCCCUUUUUACAGCACUAGGCUAGCAGUUUCCCUCCGUUUCCACUCUGUGUGCUAAGCUAUAGGCUAAGCACACCCUGGACCUAUCUCUGAGACUAAACUGAACUGAAGUCGCCCUGAAUGACGAGCGCGAUCGCAGCUGAAUGCAAACUGAAAUCUAAAGAAGAAAUUAUUUUAAAUUACUGAAACAAACCUGCUUCUUUUUUCUCUGUAUGGCAUGAUGACCAGUGAAAUGUAAAAGGAUCCAGUUCAGCAUCGAGCAUCCGGUUAAAAAAAUCCCCGUUUUUAUUCUGCUGAAUCCUGGUCCCUUUUUUCAGCUGUUGUUGGAUUUUAAAAACUGUUAUGGAAAUUGAAAUCUGGACUGGUUUUGUUCCAGUGUGCAGAAACCCACAGCAGCAGCAGCAGCGGGGGGGAGAUAAAGGAGGGGAGGGCAGGGGGAGGGGGGUUAAAGCCAAAUGUAAAGUAAAAACUAAAAAGCCUUAAAUGAAUAAAAGUGGUGCAAUUUUGUAACAGCAACCUGUGAUGUGCAGUCAUUCUGGAUUAUUGUGCAUUUAUACAUAAAACAACACCUGUUUCUGUUUCAAAGCAACAUGA